GAGCAUAAAAAUGGUUUGGAAUGAUAACAGCAAACUCAAUUCACUUUUGUCUUCUACCUUCUUAUCAGCCUAAUACAUAUCUUUCUACCACUUCUUGUCCUAAUAAAAUUUCUACAACUUUUUCCAAUAAUUUGUGAGAAAAAAUGAGUAACCAUCAAGAACAUAUAGUAAUGGUUCCAUUUCUUGCAAUUGGCCAUAUGAUUCCUUUCCUAGCCUUAGCCGAAAAAACCCAAGAACGAACUAGCUACAAAAUCACUCUUGUUAGCACCCCUUUGAAUGUCAAAUAUCUUAGUUCGACUAUAGCCAAAGCUUCAAAUAACAUUUCUUUAGUUUCACUUCCUUAUAAUAGUUCUCAACAUGGUUUAUCACCUAAUAUAGAGAACACAGAAGCCUUGCCUUUAAAAGACAUGAUGACAAUUUUCAAGUCUACAUUAUCUCUUAGAGAACCACUCAGGAAAGUGAUCAUAGAGAUUAUUGAAAAAGAUGGUAAGCCUCCACUUUGUGUAGUUUCUGAUACAUUUAUGGGAUUUGCUAGUGAAGUUGCAAGAUCUUGUGGUACUUACAAUGUGAGUUUAACCACUGCUAGUGCUUAUGGGACAGCAGCUUAUUUGUCACUAUGGCUAAAUCUCCCUCACUUAUUAGCCACUCAUGAUGGUGUUUUCAAAAUGCCAGGAUUUGAUGAUUCUUGCUGUUUUUUCAGUGUUGAUCAACUUCAUCAUUUCAUGAAAUCGGCAAAUGGUAAUGACACUUGGUCCAAAGAGUUUAAAUCUUUGCUAUCACCUUCUUUGGAUUGUAUAGGAUUCUUGUGUAAUAGUGUUGAGGAGAUUGAACCUAAGGGGGUUAAAGCAAUCAAGAAUCUUACUAAACUUCCUGUUUGGUGCAUUGGACCUUUGCUUCCUCAAUGUAUGCUCAAGAAAGGCGAAAAAGAUCAAAUCUUUGAACCAAGAAUUGGAAAAGAAUAUGGAUUGUCACCAGAAGAAUGCAUAGAAUGGUUAAACAAACACCCUCAAAGAUCUGUUGUUUACAUAUCUUUUGGUUCACAAAACACUAUUAGCACUUCUCAAAUGAUGGCAUUGGCUUUGGGGUUGGAAGAUAGUGAAAGGCCAUUCAUUUGGGUGGUUAGGCCACCUAUUGGAUUUGACAUAAAAGGUGAGUUUAGACCUGAAUGGUUACCAAAAGGUUUUCAAGAAAGAGUGGAAACUAGCCAACAAGGUCUACUAGUGAAGUCUUGGGCACCACAAUUGCAAAUCUUGAGUCAUCCAUCAACUGGUGCAUUCUUGACUCACUGCGGAUGGAAUUCGGUAUUGGAGAGUUUGAGUCAAGAGGUGCCUAUUAUUAGUUGGCCUUUGGCUAGCGAACAAGCUUUUAAUUCAAAGAUGUUGAUGGAGGAAAUGGGGGUUUGUAUUGAGUUAACUAAAUGGAAUUCAAGUGAUAUUGAAAAAGAGGAGGUGAAGAAAGUGGUAGAUAUUGUUUUGGGUGAAAGUGGAAAAGGGAAAGAAAUGAAUGAAAAGGCUAAUGAAAUUGGGAUGUGUAUUAGAGGUGUUGUUAAAGAAGAGGGGGAUUUCAAAGGUUCUUCUGUUAAAGCAUUGGAUGAUUUCAUAUCUACACUACUUUGUAGAAGAAAUAUGUCAUCUUAACAGGAAAAGAAAUAUUUGGUAAUGCCAACUUUCUGCCUAUGUAGAGACCCACUAGGGAGCUAGGUGGCUCGGGUGGAAGUUAUGAUAGAAUAUGAAACUUGCUUGGUGGGUUCAAUUAAAAGAUAAAGUUGCGUCCUUGCUAUCAGUUAUACCUUUGGGAAUGACGUCAAAACUUGGCUGGAUUGCGAUAGUAUAGUAUCCAUGUAUCAGCCCUGAAGAGGCUACUCAUCUUCGUUAUUCUUCUUUCUCUUAAUAUUAGCUGGUAUUUCAUCAUAAAGACAUAUCUGAAAUGCACCUUCGAGCACUCGUUGGUGAAAAUUGUGUUAAAAAUACAAACCUAACAAAUAAUGGUGGCCAACGUGCAAGUGGUAGUUGAUAUAAUAAUAAAAUAAUUGUGUGGUUAUAUGUUUGUUCAAUAAUAAAA